AUGGUGAUCGAGUGCCAUCCAUCUACGGCGGUUCAAGCAUUCAAGCUGGCCAUGAUUCGUGGGACUUCGUUCCACACAAGUCUAGUGGUGAACACGCCGCAGACCAUGGACGAGCUAAACGAAAAAGCUGAUGGAUUUGUCCGUUUGGAAGAGGAAGAGGCAGCCAAUGCAAGGAAAACGUCAAUUAUUUCAACGGAGGAAAAGUCCAAAGCCAAGAUCAGGCAAAAACCAGCUCCAUCGCAGCGUCAGAUCCCUUGGACAGCAGAAAAAAGGCCCAGGGAAGAGGAAUUGGUCACUCCAUUGAAAGUAACCCUAGCAAGACUGUACCAAGAAAACAAAGAUAAGUUCCGACCUCCUUUACCUAUUAGACAACCCCUGGAGCAGAGAGAUAAGUCUAAGCAUUGCGCUUUCCAUUUUGAUUUUGGCCAUCAGACUAACGAAUGUAGGAACUUAAGGAGGCAGGUGGAGAUGUUGAUAACCAGAGGAGAGCUCGCAAUUCGAAUAAUCAAUGCAAUUCAUGGCCGGCCUGAACAUGAUGAGUCAGAUGAACUGCUUCGAACACGGCUCCGCCAGGCGCAGAUAAAGAGGAGGAUAGGCAGUGUAAACACUCUGCACCAACAGAUCGCAUCAACACAAAUAAAGUUUGACAGAAUAGAUCUAUUGCGUGUUCAGAUCCCUCAUGAGGACCCGUUAGUCGUCAGUUUGACAGUGGCCAAAUGUUUGGUUCGCAGAGUUCUGAUUGAUCUUGGAAGUAGUGCAAACGUCAUGCCGAAGGACACAUUUGAUCAGCUUGAGAUCAAGCCAGACCGGCUCAAGCCCACUAGGAAUCCUUUGCUAGGGUUUGAUGGAAAACGAGUGGAGCCCAUCGGUACAGUGGAAGUAGUAGUGCAUGCUGUAGAGAGGGUUCUGAUAGAGAGUUUUGUCGUUGUCGAGAUUCAUUCCUCUUACAACCUUCUAAUGGGCAAAGGGUGGAUCCACAGAGUUUAA